AUGAAACGAAGCCUUGAUUGCUGCUCCAGCGAUGAAGCCUCUGUAGAACAGGAACAACAACAUGGACCUCUCACCAAGAAAGUCAAAACUGUUUCUGGCAGCAGUAGAUCCAUCAUUACUAGCCGCAACCCUGUUGCCAGUGAAGAUUACGAUACACCUACUAGCUACGCGCAAGCCAUUUACCAAGCCAACGGUUUUUCCUCCAAGGAAGUGGUCGAGUGCUGCAAAUCCCAGCAACGGACUCAUACUCCAGACAUGAUCGAUGGGUAUACCAUGGAACUCAGUAUGGCGUGCCGCGAAGGGGAUUUGGAGACUGUGAAAAAACUCCAUCAAGCUGGGACCAACCUAGACUGUUGCAACCGAUUUGGACAACACGUCUUGCACCUUGCAUGCCUGCGAGGGCAUUUGGAAAUUGUUCAAUAUUUGGUCCAAGUGGCCAAGGUUGAUGUUACCAUUGUGGACGACCAACAACGGACGCCACUUCACGAUGCCUGCUGGGCUAGUCAAGUGAACUUUGACAUUGUCAAGCUUAUCAUUAAAGAGGCACCACAACUAGUCUUGUUUCCAGACAAGCGGGGGUUUACACCUUUUGACUACACCAGACAACCCAACUGGGAAGAGUGGAAGGGAUUCCUCGAGAUCCAUCAACAUAUGUUGGCCCUUGAGGACAAAUAUGACCAAUAA